UUAAGUGAGAUGAAGCUGUUUGGUUUUUCAGUGACGGCUAGUGAUCAAGCCACCAUGGGUGCGCCAUGCGCGAACCUCAACAAGGACGAUAAGCGAUUCGAGUGCCAAUUCUGUGGCCGUGAGUUCGCCAAUUCUCAGGCUCUCGGCGGCCACCAGAACGCCCACAAGCGCGAGCGCCAGCUCGCCAAACAACUCCGUUUCGAUCCCAAUAAACAUCCUCGUUUUUUCACUUCCACGCCGCCGCCCUCCGCCACCGUCAUCUGGUCCAGAUCUGGUGGUGCUCCGCCGUCUGCUGCUGGUGGUGGUGGUGAAGUGAAUGGGGAAAAUGGCGUUGAUCUCCACCUCAGUCUCGCGCCAUCCUCAAGGAUCUUCUGUUAAGUUGAGAAAUGUUUUCCUUUUCUUUUUUUUUAAAAUAUAUUUGAGCAAUUCUCUUCGUUGAAGAAUUGUGUCCAAUCGAAAAAUGGGAGGGAGAAAGUGUUUGGUUCAAGGAAUACAAAAUUUCUCAC